AUGUUCUCAUAUUUAUUCUAUUUGAUAUUAGAAAAUUAUGGAUGUAAUCAAUUACUAAGAACAACAUUAGUACCCAGCGGACAAAAUAGAGGACUUUGUUCUUUAACAGAAACUCGAUAUAGUAUUGGUAGUGGAAAACAACAACGUCGACGUUCAAGUGAUUAUCAUCGUGCACAUAAUCCACGUAUACCAACCGUUUCAACACCUGUAUUUCGUCAAUCAAAUUAUCGUACACCAACAUCACCUUAUGCACGAGGAAGUAAACGUAUUGUUCAACAUCAAAAUUCACAAGCAUCACUUAUAUAUGCUUAUCAAUAUCAUCAUUAA